AACACUGUGCUAGCUGCCCAGCACCAAACAGCAGGCAGACAAAGUUAGCAGCUAGCUAACUGGUGAAAAAGUUGAAAAGCUAGCUGGGCAUGGCUAUUUUUCUCUCAGGAAUUUGUGAAGACAAAACCAGGUUGAAGAGUUCCUCCUGCUCGCCUGCAGCAAGGGAUCCUCAGACACCAUGACCUCACAGAGAUGGAUGCUGGCUGCCUGGUUUGCUCUUUCCUCAGUUUUAGGGAUGGGGGAAUCGGUUGCAACAACACAAACUCAGAAAUACACUUGCAGGACAUUUGGCAGCGGUGUCGUCAAGCCCUUCAAUGAUUCAAUGUUCUAUGUGCGGUCCAACUGCCCGUUCACCCUCACUCACUUCACCCACAACCGGGUGGAAUGUGAUAUCACCACACGGCGCGGUGACAGCGGGCUGCUGGUCCAAGUCGAGAUUAUCAUCAACAAAGUCAGGACCGUUCUGCAGAAUGGAAGCAUCCAGGUGGAGAGGAAAAGCGUUUCCCUGCCAUACGAUCACACCUACCAGCAUAUCUUUCACUACGGCAUCUACACCAGACUGAGGAGCUCACUGCUUCCUCUGUCAGUCACCUGGCACAACGUACCUGGAGGAAUCGACACUUUGUGGGUGGAGCUGGAGCAGGAGCUGAGCACCGACAUGACCGGACUGUGUGGAAAACACAAUGGCACGGGCAACCAGGAGGUGGUCAUGGAGAGCGCGCUUGCUGAUGACACAUGUCAAACACGAGAUCCUAUCUCUGUUGACAGUCCAGAAUGUGUCAUGUUCUUUUCCCACGCCUUCGACUGUCUGCAAGCCCGGUUGCUUCAAUAUGUGGACCUGUGUAAAAAGAACAUCUACAAACAUGAAAUGAGCAAAGGCAUCACCUGUUCGUUCUUCAAAGAGAUUGCCCAACAGUGCGGAAACACCAGCCGUGUCUGGGAUGUUUGGAGAUCUGUGACAAAAUGUGACAAACCAAACUGUCCAGGAGACCUGAUUUAUGUAGAACAGGGUCCGGCCUUUGUUCCCAGCUGCACCAACCCUAACCCCAGGUUUUCCAAUCAGGAUUAUGUCAGCACCUGUGUGUGCCCAGAGGGUAAAGUACUUAAUGAUCAAGCAGACGGCUUCCGUUGUGUGAGCGUGUCCAGCUGCCCCUGUGUGUUUGCAGGCGAGAGCUACUCAACUGGCGACACGCGCAGCACAAAGUGUCAGUCAUGUAUAUGUGACAGUGGGAAAUGGCGAUGCUCAGAAAACAUCUGCCCUGCCAGAUGUAUCAUUGAGGGGCAGCAUGUAACGACUUUUGAUGGCAAAGAAUAUGUCCUCCCUGGAAAGUGUACAUAUGUGGCCUUGCAGGGUUUCAACUGGACAAUAAAAAUUGAGUUUUCCGAAAAGGCGCCCUCUCUGAAAACAGUUGCUUUUCAUCUUUUUCAGGAAAAGUAUACUCUCUCACAAGGCGUGGUUAAAAUCGGAGAAGAGGAGAUCACUGAACUUCACAAGUCUGACAAUGUUCUGGUUUUCUGGCAAUCCUCCAUGUACGUCCAGUUCCACACAUCCUUUGGCAUGAAGAUUGAAGUCCAGAUGUCUCCCGAAAUCCAGCUGUACAUCACGCCACCCGCAAACCACACUGGCAUGAUCUCAGGACUUUGCGGCAACAGCAACAAUGACACCACCGACGAUUUCACCACCACUAGUGGGAUCAUCGAGAAUUCAGCUCAGCCUUUUGCUCAGUCCUGGAGUGUGGGUGAUUGUGCAGUGGACAUACCAGACACCUGCAUCAACAAAGACAAUGAGCUAUUUGCAGAUGAAAAGUGCUCUGUGCUGAACAACCCAGACGGUAUAUUUGCUGUGUGCCAUGGUCACAUCCCAACAGAUUACUACCACAGGGCUUGCAUUCUCAGAACAUGUAACUGUGGCAGCAGUUUGCAGCAGUGCUUGUGUGUUGCUCUGAGCAGCUAUGCCAAAGCCUGCGCCAGCCUGGGGGUUGUAGUCGGUGACUGGAGGAAAGCAACCAACUGCACUGUGACAUGUCAGAAGAAUCAAGAAUUCUCCUACGACACUAAAGCAUGCAACCAUACGUGCCUCUCCCUGUCUGGCCCUGACCCUCGCUGUGGGAUGGAUGAUGCGCCUGUGGAGGGCUGUGGCUGUCCAGAUGGAACUCACCUGAACCAAGGAAACAUCUGUACCCGAAAGGCAGAUUGUGUUUGUCACUACUACGGUGGUACAGUGCCACCGGGGUCUGCUAUUGUCGACGGACGCAAAUGCUAUUGUGAGAAUGGACAACUGCAAUGCUUUACGGAUUGUGGAUGCUUGAAUGAGAAGGUCUGUGUUCACUGCGCCAGUUUCCCUGUCGACACGGCUCAGAAAACCUGUGACAGUCUCAGCAAACCCAUGAGCGACAGUUCCGUUUGUAACAGUGGCUGCUACUGCCCAGAGGGCCAGUAUGAGGAUCACCAUGGAAACUGUGUUACUCGGGACAACUGCACCUGUGUGUACAGUGGCAAAGUAUUCAGCCCAGGACAGCAUGUCAAAACAAAAGCAAACUGCAAAACCUGUACCUGUGGUCAGGGUCAGUGGCACUGCAAAGAUGAGCCUUGCCCUGGGACGUGUCAAGUUUAUGGAAACGGACACUACCAGACCUUUGACUCCAAAUGGUACCGCUUUGAUGGACACUGUCAGUACACUCUUGUAGAGGAUGGCUGUGAAAAUAAAAAUGGCACCUUCUCAGUCAGAGUGGAGAGUGUACCCUGCUGUGAUGAGGCGCUCACCUGCUCUCGCUCGAUCAUCCUUGACCUGCAGGGCAAAGUCACCCUCACACUGAGUGAUAUGAAUGUGACUAGACAGAACCAUGAAGGCUGGACUCUUCUGGAAGAUCCACUUUACUCCAUACACACCGUGGGACUGUACAUCAUAAUCUCAGUACCUAGUAGAGGGAUAACUCUCAUCUGGGACAAACACACCCGGAUCACUAUAGAACUGCAUGAGGGCUGGAGGAACCAAGUGUGUGGCCUGUGUGGAAAUUUCGACUCGAAUGAGAUGAAUGACCUGAAGAUAAGUGGCUCAGCAGUGGCCUCCAGUCCCAUGGCAUUUGGCAACAGCUGGAAAGCUGCCACACCUCCUUGCUCUGAUGUGACGACUGAGAUAUUCCCCUGUGAACGCAACUCUUACUGCUCAGCCUGGGCACAGCGACGCUGUAUGAUCAUCAGAGGGGACACAUUCAAAGCCUGCCAUUUUAAAGUGGAUCCAGAGCCGUACUACCAUGCCUGUGUGCAGGAGUCCUGCUCCUGUGAGUUUGAAGGCAAGUUCCUGGGGUUCUGCACAGCGGUGGCGGCCUACGCAGAGGCUUGCAGUGACCAGGAUGUGUGUGUCAACUGGAGAACACCUGAUUUGUGUCCGGUCUACUGUGACUACUACAAUGAGCAAGGCCAGUGUAGCUGGCACUAUGAAGCCUGUGGGAAGAUGCUAACCUGCAGCGAAGGGAACUAUUUACCUCACAAGCUGGAAGGCUGCUAUCCACGCUGUCCAAUGGAGGCACCAUACUAUGAUGAGAAUACUGGUGAAUGCACUGAAUUGAGGAACUGCACCUGCUAUUUUAAUGACACUAUCAUUCAGCCUUGGGCAGUUGUGAUGAUAGAUUCUACUAAGUGCCGCUGUGAAAAUGGAAAAACUAAGUGUACACCUCCACCCCCACAACCCACAACCACGCCUUCCACCAUUCCUACAUCAAGUACUCCCAUCACAACUACCUCAACUACCACUGAAACAACAGUACUUUCUACCACUUCCCCACCAACAACCACAACUUCUUCAACUACCACUGAAACAACUCUGCCUUCCACCACUUCUCCACUGACGACUACAACUACUUCAACUACCACUGAAACAACUGUACCAUCAACCACUUCUACAACCACGUAUACAAAUACUUCACCUACUACUGAAACAACUCUGCCUUCCACCACCUCUCCACCGAUGACUGCAAAUAGUUCAACUACCCCUGAAACAACUCUGCCUUCCACCACUUCUCCGUCAAUGACUACAACUACUUAUUAUUCCACUGAAAUAACUCUGCCUUCCACCACCUCUCCACCGAUGACUGCAAAUAGUUCAACUACCCCUGAAACAACUCUGCCUUCCACCACUUCUCCACUGACGACUACAACUACUUCAACUACCACCGAAACAACUGUACCGUCAACCACUUCUACAACCACGUAUACAAAUACUUCACCUACUACUGAAACAACUCUGCCUUCCACCACCUCUCCACCGAUGACUGCAAAUAGUUCAACUACCCCUGAAACAACUCUGCCUUCCACCACUUCUCCGUCAAUGACUACAACUACUUAUUAUUCCACUGAAAUAACUCUGCCUUCCACCACUUCUCCACUGAUGACUACAAAUACUUCAACUACCCCUGAAACAACUCUGCCUUCCACCACUUCUCCACCGAUGACUACAAAUACUUCAACUACCCCUGAAACAACUCUGCCUUCCACCACUUCUCCAUCAAUGACUACAACUACUUAUUAUUCCACUGAAACAACUCUGCCUUCCACCACUUCUCCAUCAAUGACUACAAAUACUUCAACUACCCCUGAAACAACUCUGCCUUCCACCACUUCUCCGUCAAUGACUACAAAUACUUCAACUACCCCUGAAACAACUCUGCCUUCCACCACUUCUCCAUCAAUGACUACAAAUACUUCAACUACCCCUGAAACAACUCUGCCUUCCACCACUUCCCCAUCAAUGACUACAAAUACUUCAACUACUCCUGAAACAACUCUGCCUUCCACCACUUCUCCAUCAAUGACUACAAAUACUUCAACUAUCACUGAAACAACUCUACCUUCCACCACUUCUCCAUCAAUGACUACAAAUACUUCAACUACUCCUGAAACAACUCUGCCUUCCACCACUUCCCCAUCAAUGACUACAAAUACUUCAACUACUCCUGAAACAACUCUGCCUUCCACCACUUCUCCAUCAAUGACUACAAAUACUUCAACUACUCCUGAAACAACUCUGCCUUCCACCACUUCUCCAUCAAUGACUACAAAUACUUCAACUAUCACUGAAACAACUCUGCCUUCCACCACUUCUCCAUCAAUGACUACAAAUACUUCAACUAUCACUGAAACAACUACGCCUUCCACCACCUCUCCACCCACGACUACAACUACUUAUUAUUCAAUGGAAACAACUGUGCCCUCCACCACUUCUCCAUCAAUGACUACAGCUGCUUCAACUACCACUGAAACAACUGUACCAUCAACCAGUUAUCCCACCAUUGAAACAGGACCCCCACUCACAACGCCAGUAAACACCACAGGCUAUAUUCCGUGUAUGUGUGAAGACCUGAGGAGGAACAAAGCCUGGAGCUGUGAUGAGAAAUGGACAGAGGACUGCUUCAAUAAGAUUUGUAAAAAUGGGACAAUAGAGUUGACACCAGUGGUUUGUCCAGAACCUAUAAUUCCCACCUGCCCAAGAAAUCUGGUCACAAAAGUCUCAGACGGUUGCUGUGAAACUUGGAAGUGUGACUGUCGCUGUGAAUUAUAUGGGGACCCCCACUACAUCUCUUUCGAAGGUGUUACCUUUGAUUUCUUGGAAGACUGCACCUAUAUCCUGGUGGAGGAGCCGUCACCACGUCAUCACCUGACCAUUGCUGUGGACAACUUCUACUGUGUGCCAGGAAUCCCAGGCUCCUGUGUUAAGGGAAUCAUGCUGAAAUAUCAGAACAAUACAGCUAGACUCAGUAUAAUGCCACAUGUGUUAGCAGUACAGGCCACACUGAACAAUGAGGUCAUAAAGCCACCAUAUGAGGAGAAUGGGUUAAGGUUUGAGACCACAGGGUACCAAGUGUUCAUCUACCUGCCAGAGAUCCGCUCUUAUGUGUCCCUCAGUCCGACUUUUACCCUUGUGGUCAGUCUGGCCAUGGAGCACUUCCUCAACAACACCCAAGGACAAUGUGGUGCGUGUGGUGUCGGAUCAUGUGUCCGCAAAGGAGGGAAGAUUGAGGACGACAGCUGCUGUGAUAAGACAGCUUAUGACUGGCUCUAUGACGAUCCGCUGAAGCCGGCCUGUGCCUCUGCACCAAGGGACGUACCUUGUCACCCCGGGACCACCACUAUACCUACUAGGACAUUUUCUCCCACCACUUCCUGCCUUCCAAGCCCACUUUGUGAGCUGCUAGACCACCCAGUAUUUUCAAGUUGCAGCCCCUUUGUGGACCUGUUUGUUAAAAAGAAGAACUGUGAGUUUGAUUCAUGCAGGAAUGGGGCCUGCUCUUCACUGGAGCAAACUGCUGAAGAAUGCAAGAAAAUUGGUAUCUGUAUUGACUGGAGAGAACUGACUAACGGAAGCUGUGGUGUGCCGUGUCCAGCAGGAUUGAUUUACAGACAGUGUCAUGACAAGCUGGAUGACGUCUGCUAUGGAGGAGUUCGUUACCCCGGAGCCUCCAUCGAGAGCAACAUUGAAGGCUGUUUUUGUCCCAGCGGCCUGCUGAGGGCAGGAAAUCACUCAAACGUGUGUGUGCCUGACUGUCCCUAUUGUAAAGGGCCAUACGGUGAACCCAGACUGCCUGGUGAGGAGUGGGAGUCGGGCUGCUACCUGUGUACAUGUAACAACCGGACUCUCAUGGAGGAGUGUAUUCCAAAACCUAUCAAACAACCAAUUUCCUGCAGCCCCAACGCUGUGCUGGUGAACACUUCUUGUUGUGGUGAUCAGGAGUGUGUUGAGAAGACAUGCACUUAUAAUGGAAAGACAUACAUGGUGGGGGACAGAUGGAUGGACACCACCCGUCCCUGCCUGUUAUUCAAUUGCACUAACGAGGGUAUUCAGACUGAGACAAGAGUCUGUCCUGCUGAAAACUGUCAGGAGGCAGACAGAAUUUGGGAUAAAGACCACUGCUGCUAUACAUGUAACCAGAGCUGUACUCCCAAGGUGACCAGUAUCUACCUGACCGUGGACAAUUGUACCACCAUCAUGCAGAUACCUGUGUGUGAGGGCCGGUGUGUGUCUCAGCCCAGUGUGGUGUUACACGGUGACCUGCAGGUGGAGAAGAAGUGCCGGUUCUGUCAUGAGCAAAGCUCAGAGAGGAGACUAGCGACCCUGCAGUGUUUUGACCUCACUACCAGACAGUACACCUACAGGCACAUCACCAGCUGUGAGUGCAGAGCCUGUGAAAUACAGAAGUAAAAAGUACUGACAGCACAGACAGGAGCCAAGGCUAAACAAUACUGUAUUUGUAUUCAUUUGAUUUAUUAAGAAUAUGUAAUUUCUUGAAAUUGAAUGGUCACUAAUCAGAUUCAGACUCAGGUUUAUUGCCAUGCAGUUUUCACAUAUUGUGCAAGGAUUUUUCCUAGGCAUUUUUGUGCAUAAUAAUCAGUGUAGUAAGAAAAAGACAAAUGUCAAGAAUCAUAUAUCAUCAUAGUGAAAAAUCUGAAAAGUUAUAUUUAAAGCAUGCAACAUAUUUGUUUGACGCUGAUUUAUAUGAUGUUUAAAACAAAGAGGAUGGAAUGUGCACAAAAUCAAUGUAUUGCGACAUAUCUUAUUAUUAUUUUCACAGCAAUUACCAUCAAAUAAAGUGAACCAUUUACAAA